CUCUCUUUCUUUCAAGCCUUGUCUUUGCAUCAUCUGAGAGCUCUUUCAGCAAUAAUAAUAGACAGGGUUUUUCCCGACAUAAGAAUCACUGUUAGGACCAGAAACCUUUGCUAAUGAUAAAGGACUUCAACAGGAAUCGAACCGCUCCGAUCUUGUAUUGCACCCAGCCAUGCACAAAACCUCCCGAUGAUCAAGGAACCGAAACCCCAUUUGCUGACCGGUUGGAUCAGGCGUCUUCAUGCUCCCCCACCGUCCACUUCUCCCCUUUUCAAGAACGGACAAUCCCAUGACGACCUCCACCUCAUCUCUCUCUGCAAGCGGAACCUCUACAGGGAAGCCCUCGAAGCAUUCGACGCCUUGCGAAAGAUCCCGGGUUCUCGGAUAAGCAGUGCCCAGACAUGGGUUGGGUUGGUCUGCGCUUGUUCUAGCCUCAGGUCCUUGAAGCAUGGCCGCCGAGUUCAUGAUCACAUCCGGGCUUCCGGGGCUCGAACGGACGUUAUACUUGACAACCAUGUCAUUAACAUGUACGGAAAAUGUGGGUCGAUGGCGGAUGCGAGGAAGGUGUUUGAUGAAAUGCGCCACAGGAACGUGGUUUCUUGGACUUCCCUCAUUGCUGGAUACUCACAGAAUGGUCAGAAUAUUGAUGCUGUUCGACUAUACUUUGAAAUGUUACAGUCGGGGUUGUUGCCUGAUCACUUCACCUUUGGGAGUGUAUUGAAGGCUUGUUCCGGGUUGGGAGGCGUUGGCUUAGGGAUGCAGCUGCAUGCCCAUGUUGUGAAAUCAGAGUUUGGUUCUCACCUUAUAGCGCAGAAUGCUCUUAUAGCAAUGUACACUAAGUUGGAUAGAAUUGAUGAUGCGUGUAGGGUAUAUCAUCUUAUAAAAGAGAAGGAUUUGAUUUCGUGGAGCUCAAUGAUUGCAGGUUUUUCCCAACUCAAUCACGAGCUACAAGCCUUGCGCUACUUCAAAGAAAUGCUUUGUCAGGGUCUAUACCGGCCAAAUGAGUUUACAUUCGGCAGUGUUUUCAGUGCUUGCGGGAGCCUGGUACAACCGGAAAUUGGAAGACAGAUCCACGGGAUUUGCAUAAAGUUUGGAUUUGCGGGAAAUAAAUUUGCAGGAUGUGCUCUUUGUGACAUGUAUGCUAAAUUUGGCCUCUUGGGUUCGUCUAAGAUUGUGUUUCAUCAGAUAGAAACGCCUGACUUGAUAUCUUGGAAUGCAGCUCUUGCUGGAUUUGCUACUAAUGGUCGUUCCAAUGAGACGAUAUCGUAUUUCAAUCAAAUGAGGCAUUUAAAUUUGCAUCCUGAUGAUAUCACUAUCCGCUCCUUACUUUGUGCUUGUACGAGUCCUUCAUCACUCCAGCAAGGUAAGCAGAUGCACUCAUACAUUAUCAAAAUGGCAUUUGUUCUAGAUAUUUCAGUGUGUAAUGCAUUAGUUACCAUGUAUGCAAAAUGCUCCAAUCUCAGGGAAGCAUUAAAGGCAUUUCAAGAGAUGAGGCACCAUGAUGAUCUCAUUUCAUGGAAUGCAAUUCUCGUUGCAUGUAUGCAGCACAAAGAGCCCAUGGAGGUGUUCAAAUUGUUUAAACUGUUGCUCAUUUCUGAAGUGAAGCCUGACUACAUCACUUUAACUACCAUGAUCGGGGCCUACACUGAAAUGGCAUCUCUAGAUAUGGGAAGCCAGGUUCAUUGCUAUGCUGUGAAAACUGGGCUGGUUCUUGAUGUUUCUGUAGCAAAUGCGCUGAUUGACAUGUAUGCGAAGUGUGGAUCCCUCAAAAUUGCACGUACUCUCUUUGAUUCCAUUGUAAAUCCUGAUGUCAUCUCAUGGAGUUCUCUGAUUGUGGGGUAUGCUCAGUUUGGACACGCUGAGGAAGCUCUUAAGCUUUAUGAAAAGAUGAGAAGCCUUGGAGUUAAGCCAAAUGAGGUAACGAUUGUUGGGGUGCUUACUGCUUGCAGUCAUGUCGGACUAGUGGAGGAAGGGUGGGAAUUAUACAAAACCAUGGAACUGGAACAUGGGAUUUUACCUACUAAAGAGCAUUCUGCAUGUGUGGUUGACUUGCUUGCUCGUGCUGGUCAUUUAUAUGAAGCAAAAGAUUUUAUCAAACAAAUGGAAGACACUCCUGACAUUGUGGUAUGGAAAGCUCUGUUAGCUGCCUCUAAAACGCAUAAGAAUCUUGAAAUUGGAAGAUGGGCCGCAGAGAAUCUCCUGAAGCUAGAUCCCCUCAAUGCUACUGCUCAUGUGUUGCUUUGCAGUAUAUAUGCUUCUACUGGCCAUUGGGACGAUGUUGGAAGAUUAAGGAGCUUGAUGAGGGAACUUGGUGUCAGCAAAGUUCCAGGUCAAAGUUGGAUUGAAAUUAAAAGUAGGGUUCAUGCUUUCUUAGCUGAUGAUAAUCUGCAUCCUGAAAGAGACAAAAUAUACCAAGUGAUGGGGGAACUAUGGUUACAAUUGCUAGAUCAUGAUUAUGUUCCAUUUCAAAAUCAGGCGUUAAGCAGAUUGAGUUGAAAAAAAUUAAUGCAAAUGUGUACCUUUACCACACAGAAUUGCAUUUAGGAUUCCCAGUUCAUUAUGGUUCCCUGCAAAAGGACUUGCCUGACUGCUGCAAGAUUUACCAGAUGGCUUUCAUGGAGAAGCAUCUAAGAACUCAAGAGGAGGCUGUUGGAGAAAGCUCGGGCUUGACAGAGGUGCCCACCGACAUAAUCUCCAACAUACUUUUGAGACUGCUGGUGAAAAUGCUGUUGCGAUUCAAGUGUGUUUCAAAGUCCUGGUGCUCCAUUAUCGGACACUGGUUGUUGCUCAUUUAGUUGUAGUUCAGUAACUUGGUUGCUUUGACGUCCCUUCGGCCCAUAUGUAUCACAAAAAACUUUGAGCCAAGUUGCUUCAGCCACGUUGGCCACAGGCACUUCAGCUCAGGACAUCAAAAUGGAUUCACCACUUCCUUGAGCCAACUGGACCAGACUGUCAACUUGACUGUGGAGGAAUCACAAAGCGUCAAUGGCUUAAUUUGCUUUAAAAUUGGGGAUCUCACAUAUGUAUGCAACAUCAGCACUAGAGAGGUCAAGGCCCUUCUGCCUUCCGGUCACGAUCUCCCUGUCCAUUUGCAUUGUAGCAUCCGUAGCUUCAGCGCCUUGGGCUUUGAUCCCAUCACAAAAGCAUGAAGUCAUGAAGACAUGGGUUCUGAGUGCCCUCAACCAUUCAGGUGAAGUCAUCACUCCGCACAAGAUUCUGACAUCGGGAACCAGUUUGUGGAGGAAAAUUGGUAGCAGCAGUUGUGAGUUUCCUUUGGGAAUUAGUGUUUGCAUUAAUGGAGCCAUUCCUUUCCUGAUGCUUGAUCUGAUGAGCAACAAAAUAAUGAAGGUGUUCGAUGUUAGGAUCGAGAAGUUUAGGAUGAUAAGGUUUCUAAACAGUGCCUUGAAUCAGGCACAUAGGCCUGCAGUUGAUACCAUUCAGAGGCCAUUUGACAGUGUUAGACUGAGCAUCUUGAGGAUGGAAACAUCAUGUUGACGUAUGCACUAGAGGAUUAUACAAGUCAAGUUUGAACAGAACGUCAAAUUGUGCUACCGCUUAGUUGGAAAGAGGAUCAACUGCAUUCUAGGUGGUUUCUCGUCGUUAGCAUCUGUGCCGGAGAAAUCUGGUUUGCUCCAAAGGUUAUAUACUUGCUGUCUUAUGAUGUAGAGAACGGCACUCUGAAGAAGGUCCAAGUCCAAGUUCUCCACAAAUCUCUAUUGAGGAGUUCUGUGAUCAUUGCUUGUGCACUCAUUGGAUAUGUGCAUAGCAUUUUGGCCUUGAGUGAGGUUUGCUUCUAAAGCUGUUGCACAAACCUCUCUUCUAUAUAGUUGCAGUGUAGGCAAUCAGCAUUACUACAUAUGUUUAAUUAUAAGAUGUCCUUUCCGGGUUAUGGUCUUCUAAGGAAUGCCUUUAUAUAAGUUAUACGUUACUUUGACACUUGCAGUUGGUUUACAUCUCUUAGGAAUGUGCUGUACAUAAUUAAUUCCUUGUCCACCUUCUGUUUCAUCAAGCAUUAUUUUCCAUCUUUUGCUCUGAUAAAUGUAGUCAAUGUACAUGGUAGCCGACCCACAAGUAAUGAACAAUUGGCUGACCUACCACCAAUUGUUCACAUCAUGCUCAAUUGGCUUCUCACGUUGGGAUUUUUCUGUUUUCUUUUCUUAGUAGGCUCCUGAAAUAUUUUGACUAGUUUCCAUUGGGAACAACUAAAAUGAUCUAGGGAAAUUUUGAGGGGUAGGUGCUGAUAUAACCCUUCCAAUAGAAAGAAAGUGAAUCUGGAAAGAUUACUGCAAUUUUCUUCUAAUUGUUGUUGUCAUCAUACCUGUUUAGCUAUUACAUUCAUGAACACUGUUUGCAUCUGCUGGCGUGCUGAGUAAAAAACCUCCGUUAUAUAUUACAAAGUGCAUGGGUUGAGAGUUAUCACAGCUUCAAGCUAGGUUGGUGUGAAGCCAAAACAUUGCCAAUGUAAUCCAUGAAUCGUCUCAGUUUAUAUUGGUAAUAUAUCAAGACUUCUCUAUAGAUUCCGCACAUUUUAUCCCUCUCAAGAAGCCUAAAGCAGUAAGAGCAGCCGGUAACAUGGCUGGAUCAAUUAGUAUGACCAUCAACUUUGAUGUCCUUAGAUAUAUAUCACUUUCUUAACGUUUCCGUGAGUAUCUUAUCUGCAUGGCUUGAACUGAACCAUCAUUAUCAGGCUGGAUAUUUAUUCUACAGCUAAACUGAGAAUUUUGUAGUCAAACAAAGUGGACUUCUCAAAGCGAGGACAAGGGAAGGAGUCAACAAGGAAAGACAAGAAGGCUUGUGAAGUCACAUGCUAGGACUGAAAAUGCUUCUGCGACAGGCAAGAAGAAGGGAGCAGAUGACGCAUCUCCAAUGACACUGUCAAUAAUAUAGUCUACGGCCAAUGGAAUUGGGUUCCCAGUGAUUCCAGAAAAACAUUUGGGUGUUAAGGCUCUUGUAGGCUAGACACCAAUUAUUGCUGAAGUCUUUAAUGAUAUUUUAGGAAGACGGCAUUCACAAAACUGGAUAUUUUUUGUGUUAUGACCAACAAUUUUUUUUUUUCCUUUGCCGGUAACAGGAUAGAUGCUUUCGAUAUAUGCAGAUAAUUCCUUUGGUGUUGGCAUGUGUAACUUGAUUCGAUGUAAAUAAUUUAAUAUCUCAUGGCAA